AACGCCGAUAGAAACUCCGGUUUCAACUUUAAGGCGACUUAGAGAAGAAUUUUUGACAUCUAAUAGACAUCUAAAGACGAACUGCGGGUGAGGAUGAGGAGGAUAACGUCGUCCAGCGGUCAACACGAAACCGUCACCCUGCGGAGGAGCGAGUCCUCGGACGCUCCAGGAAUCUGCAGCCUGGUGAAUCCCUCGGACCGAGACGUGUUUGGGAAGAUCAACGUCAUGCAACUUCUGGAGAAGGCGGAGCUAGCCGUGACGGUGGCCGACGACCAGGACCAGGUUCUGGCUCACGCCUGCUUCCUGGACCAUCCUGCAGCCGCGCUGGUGGACCCGGCCCGCUGGGAACACUUGGUCUGGGAACAGCUCGGGGCCCACGCCUGCACCCCCGUCAACACUCUGUUCAUGCACCUGUUUGUGGCCCGGGAGGGAUUUGGACCCGCAGCAGCAGAGGAGAUCAUGAGGGCCUCCUUCAGGGCCGUGUCCCACCUGGACUACAUCCUCCUGCUGACCCGGGAGGCCGGAGAUCUAGGCCCGGCCCUGGAGAGGGUGAUGGAGCCGCUGCAGCCCCAGACGGAGCUCCGGUGUCGGGGCUGGAUCUGCUGCAGGGAGGAGCUGGAACCCAAGCUCCGUGUCCGGCAGGCAAGGGUGGAGGAUUUUGACUCCAUCUUGUCCAGGUUUGAGGAGAAGCAGAGGUCGUCCUACGUUGCUCGUCCCUACCUGCUGUCAGAGCUCAUCGAAGGUCAGAAUGACGACCUGCACAUGGCUGUGUGUGAGGUGGACGGGUCCGUUGUUGGCUUCAUGAGCGUCACCUCCGAGCUGGAAUUGCAGCAGCUGGCUGCAGUCUACAACCUGGAGGGGCAGGACCAGGAGACGAGUUCACCUGUAAGUACCCCCACCUGUAAGUACCCCACCUGUAAGUACCCCCCAACUGUGGACGAGUCCGUUGUUGGCUUCAUGAGCGUCAGCUCCGAGCUGGACUUGCAGCAGCUGGCUGCAAUCAACGACCUGGAGGGGCAGGACCAGGAGACGAGUUCACCUGAUUGCAAGUGUCCAGGGACAGGCGAGGGUGUGAGUGGGAAACCCACCGCUGCAACUUGGCCCUUGUUUGAAGUCAUGGAUGAGGUAUUGGGACAGAGGCCUUCUGUGGCCCCCCCUGUCCUAAUGGCCUCCAUCCAUGAGGACACACCGGGGCCAAGUGCAGCGGUGGGUGACCAGGAGGAGGAGGAUGAGGAGGAUAGCCGGCCAGGGCCAGCAGCAGCAGCAGCAGCAGCAGGGAGGAAGAGGGAUAGGGAUGAGGAAUUGUUAAAUCUCAUCAAAGAGGACAUGAGAUUACAGAGGGAGGCAGAAGAGAGGAGAGCGCAGGAGAACAGGGAGAGGAUGGACAGACUCUUUUCCCUGCUCGAGAGAUUUGGCAGACACCUCAGCAGACAGCUGGUCCCGCCACGGAGCACCGCUGACUGCCUCCAACCCAUUCUCCCCCUCAUCCUCUCCCUCAUCCUCCACAGGCUGGUCCUCCAGGGCCAUGAUGUCACCGGCCCCAAGGCAGAUGUUAGGUACAAAGGUGUGGUGCACCUCCAGCGCUUGGAGGAAGAUGGCCCUGAACCUGGUCUUCAUCAUUCCAUAGGCACGCUCUAUAAUGGAGCGUGCCCUGGAAUGACGGCUGUUGAAGCGCUGGGCUCCCACACCUUCUACCGGUCGUUUGUAGGGAGGGAUGAGGGGGAGUGGAUGUUGGAGGCACGGCCAGAAGAGGAACACCAAGGCCUCAAUUGUGACACCCCAUCCGUGUCUCCGCUCCUGGUGGAGCAGGUCCAGCAGCACGGCCAGGGACUCUCUGCUCAGCCUCAAAUCUGGCCUUGUGUCCUCCUGGCCAAAAAACCUGUCCAGCACAGGAACUGCCAGGUUUAUCCUGCAGUACAGGGGUCUGGGCUGGAUAGGCCGACAGCAGCCUCACCAGAGCAGGCCGGGGUUUUCCGUAUUCAGCUGUUUGGGAUCGACAAGGAACAUGAGACGAGAUCCGUGGACCUGAUCUCAUACAUGUUCCAGCGUUUCCCUGAGCUGAAGUUCCUCUUCAUCUCGGUUUCUCCUUCCUCCCCGGAGUUCCCGCUGCUGCAGAACCUGGUCCGGGUCCCGACAGGUCCAGCUACGCCGGCGCUCUGCGAGCUCUACUUUCUGCCGUCCGCCUGGAAAGGGAAGAUUCUGGUGAGGCCGGCGGUUCCUGCAGACCUCCCUGCUGUCUCUGGUCUGGUGAAGGACCUGGUCUCCGGUGGGUCCCUGGACUCCGGCGAGUCCCUCCUGCAGGACCUGGACUCCUUCUACAAGACCGGCAGUGAUGCGGAUGCAGUGCGGCUGGGAGCCUUCGUGGCCCAGGUGGACGGUCAGAUCUUUGGGAUUCUGAUCAUCAGGGAUGAGCAGGACCCGGAGUUCCUGCGGUCCCUUUACGACCUGGAGUGGUUCCUGUACUGGACCCAUCACGGUUCUGAGGAGCACGGCCUGAUCCUGCACCUGGUCCUGGUUCCCUGGUUCCAGUUCCUGGUCCGGUUACUGCUGAAGGAGGCCCUGAGGCUGGGAGGGAAGUCCUGCCUGUACCUGCGGGGUUACCAGGACGAGCAGCACCCUCAGAAUUCCCUGGUGUCCCCCCUGGACUGUGUCCUGAGCGUUUCCGUUCCCGUCCGGCCGCGACGGCAGAUCAUCUACCCGCUGGAGGAGCUGGGCGCUAACGCCCCGCCUAGCCGUAUCACGGAGCCGCAGGAGCCGUUCUCUCUCAGCCUGGUCAGCAGGAAGCUGAUCCUGGAGCAGAAAGUGACCAUCAACUCCAGGAUCGUGGUGGUCGGCGCUUCAGACACCGGACUGUCCUUCCUGGAGGAGCUCUGCUCCUGUCCUCACAUCCGGUUCAACAACCUCACCCUCAUCUCCACCCACGGUUUCCCUGGAGACCAGAAACCUGACCACGCUGGCUUCCUGUCCACCAGUCACGCCUACAGCAGCAGGGACCUGAACCGGUUCCCGGCUGGUUCCCAGUUCCGGGUCCUGACUGGGAAGAUGGUGUCCAUCAACAGGAAGUCCAGGGCCGUCCUGGUGUCCAGCGGGGAGGAGGUGCCGUAUCACCAGCUGGUCCUGAGCACCGGCCUGCAGUACCAGGUCCCAGGUGUCCUCCAGCCCCUCCCCAAUGAUGGCCCCGCCCCCUCCAACCUGCUGACCCUGAACGACUUCCAGGACUGCAGCUCUGCUGGAACCUGGAUCUGCUCCGACUUCCUAGGGGGGGAGGGUACCGCCCUCCUCUACGGGUCCAGCCUGGACGUCUUCACCUCCACAGAGGCCCUGCUGGUUCUGGGGGUCCCGGGGUCCCGGGUCCAGCUGGUUCUGCCCCCCCCUGAGCCCGGCCCCCCCUGCUUCCCCGACCCGGCCGUGGAAGCGGCGGUGACGGCGUCUCUGAAGACCUCCGGGGUCCAGGUCCACCGGGGCUGGACCAUGGUCCGGAUGGAACGGGACGGACCGGACGGACCGCUGACGGCGGUGACCUUCAGCAGGGACCCUCCAGAACCAGAACCCCCCCAGGACCCGGAGCCGUUCAAGGUCCCGGAGCCGCCCCGAGACCUGGAGACGCUCCACCUGCAGUGUGGGGUGUUUCUGAACUUCUCCAGUAAGAGCGUCGACCCCGACGCCUUCAGCAGCAUCAGCAGGUCCUUCCUGGUGUUUGACGGGAGACUCGUCAUCAACGCCGGGUUCCAGACCUGCGACCCGAACAUCUACGCCGCCGGACCGCUGACCCAGUUCUCCCGCCGCUACCACUCGCCUGAGUGGAGUCACGCUAGCUUCAGCUCCAGGGAGGUGGGCCGCGAGCUGGCGUUGGUGCUGCUGCGGAGGCUUGACCCCACGCUGGAGCCGGACCGGCCCCCACCUGGAUCGGACCCCCUGGUUCCGCUCUACCAGAAGCCCAAGGUUCAAGGGGGGAAACUUCCCGGAGGAUUCCACUACCUGCAUGUGACCAAACCGCCUCCGUCCUGCAGCAAAAAAACGCCUGCUCAGACGGUCCAGAACCCAGUGGUCUCCACGGGCCGGGCCGAGACCGGGAACUACUUCUGCCUGCACCUGGACCCCCAGGACCAGCUGGAGAGCCUGAUCUGUCUGUCCCUGGAGCCGCUGCCCUGGUCCAACUACCUGGUUCUGGUCGGGAAACACCAGCAGCUGCUGGGACGACUGCUGGACCAGUACCAGCAGGGACAGAUCCAGGACCUCUACAGGUUCUUCAGAGAGCCCUGGGUUCUGCCCAUCUUCCUGGACCGAUUCCCCGACUUCCAGCAGGAACUUCAGCAGGAACUUCAGCUCAUCUCCUCCGACACGCUGAAGGACCCGGGGGAGACGGAGAAGACAGACGUCCCUCCAGGAGGUUCUGCUGCUGCUGCUGCUGCUCUGAGAAACAGAACCCUCAACUAUCUGAGCUUCAACCAGAACCUGCUGCCCAUGUUCCCCUGCAGAGGCCAGCUGUGAUCCGGUUCUGAUGAGGUACCGACACCAGGGAGGAGGUUCUGAUGGUUCUGAUGGUUCUGCUGGUGUCAGAGAGGUUCUUCU